ACAUUAUAUAGGUACUGUAACAUGUUUAGAAGUUUAUUAGAUAUAGAUCGUAUUCACCGGGUUUUUCGAUCAACGUCCCUAUUUAUAAAAUAUUUUUUCCACUCCCUCGUACUUAGAGUGAAAAUACUCUAUAUUUCAAAAAAAUUUUAGACACACUUGAAACUAGUGAUCAAGUUAAUUUUUGUCACGAUGGUGGUUCGCCAAUACAACGAGGAGCUCAAAUAUCUGGAAAAGAUCAAUGCGCAUUGUUGGAAAAUUAAAAAAGGCUUUCAACCCAAUAUGAAGGUUGAGGGCGUGUUUUAUGUAAAUAACACUUUAGAGAAACUUAUGUUAGAUGAGCUACGAAACUCCUGUAGACCUGGAAUGACAGGGGGAUUUUUACCUGGCGUAAAACAAAUAGCCAACGUAGCUGCAUUGCCGGGUAUUGUUGGUCGAUCUGUUGGUUUACCAGAUGUUCAUUCUGGAUAUGGUUUUGCUAUUGGAAACAUGGCAGCUUUUGAUAUGUCUAAUCCAGACUCUAUUGUUUCCCCGGGAGGUGUAGGAUUUGAUAUUAAUUGUGGAGUUAGGCUUUUAAGAACAAAUCUACAUGAGAAAGAUGUUAUUCCUAUUAAGGAGCAAUUGGCCCAAAGUUUAUUUGAUCAUAUUCCUGUUGGAGUAGGUUCAAAAGGAAUCAUUCCUAUGAAUGCUAGAGAUAUGGAAGAGGCGUUGGAAAUGGGCAUGGAUUGGUCACUAAGGGAGGGUUAUGUGUGGGCUGAGGAUAAGGAGCAUUGUGAAGAAUAUGGAAGAAUGUUAAAUGCUGAUCCUUCAAAAGUAAGUCUUAGAGCAAAGAAAAGAGGUUUGCCACAACUCGGGACUUUAGGUGCUGGCAAUCAUUAUGCUGAAAUUCAAGUUGUUGAUGAAAUAUAUGAUAAAUUUGCUGCUGGUAAAAUGGGACUUGAGAGAUUAGGUCAAGUAUGUGUUAUGAUACAUUCAGGAAGUCGAGGUUUUGGGCACCAAGUAGCAACUGAUGCUUUGGUGCAAAUGGAGAAAGCAAUGAAAAGAGAUCAGAUUGAUGUAAAUGAUCGACAAUUGGCCUGUGCAAGAAUUAAUUCAAAAGAAGGUCAGGAUUACCUAAAAGCUAUGGCAGCAGCAGCUAAUUUUGCUUGGGUCAAUCGCAGUUCAAUGACUUUUCUAACAAGACAAGCUUUUGCCAAGCAAUUCAAAAUGGCUCCUGAUGAUCUAGAUAUGCAUGUUAUUUAUGAUGUUUCACACAAUAUUGCUAAAGUAGAAGAACAUGUAAUAGAUGGAAAAUUAAUGACUCUUUUAGUUCAUAGAAAGGGUUCCACCAGAGCUUUUCCACCUCACCAUCCUCUUAUACCUGUAGAUUAUCAAUUAACUGGCCAGCCUGUAUUAAUAGGUGGUUCUAUGGGUACAUGUAGCUAUGUCCUCACGGGUACUCAUCAAGGCAUGACUGAAACAUUUGGAUCCACUUGCCAUGGAGCAGGAAGAGCUCUUUCUCGAGCAAAGUCGAGGCGUAACAUAGAUUAUAAGGAUGUAUUGAACAAACUAGAAAGCAUGGGAAUAUCAAUUAGAGUUGCAUCGCCAAAAUUAGUUAUGGAAGAAGCUCCAGAAUCAUAUAAAAAUGUUACAGAUGUUGUCAACACUUGCCAUGCAGCUGGGAUAAGUAAAAAAACUGUCAAAUUGCGUCCUAUUGCUGUAAUAAAGGGGUAGUUGUGUUAUUAUAAUAAUAUAAUUAUCUUGUUUCUCAACCACUCUAAUAACCUUUAUUGUUUCAACUCUGUAUCAAGAUUGUCAUUUAUGUUUAUUUUCACAAAAAAAAAAACAAAUUCCAUGCAUAAUGUAUUUAUUUUCUCAACAAUCUACUAAAAUUUACUAUUGUAAUAAUACUACAUCUAUUAAGGCCUACUGUAAAUUAUAAUUUAAUAAAUAUUAUGGCAAUUUU